AUGGAGUGGAGGCCAAACUACCGCAAGGCCUGGGUUACCGGCGUCCUCGUCGUAACUGCUCUCUUCGCGCUGGUGGUCCGCCGGGGCCAGCAGAAGCGUCGGUCAGCUCAUCAGACGACGGGGGACACUACGCACGAUGAGCUUGCCGAGACGCUGAGCCACACUGUGCUUCCGGUUCUCGUGCGUCCAGAAGACCUACCCGCUGGGUGGGGCGUCGCGCCGCCUGUCUUCUACCCUCCUCACUGCGCCGCCAUUCCGCUAGUGCUGCCGAGCGAGAUGCACGAGGUGGAGCGACACUCUUGUAGCGCACGUGCUGGACGCACGGAGAGGUCGAAGCAAGGCAAGGCGGACAACUUGGCCGCAAAGCCGACCGCUUUUCUCUUCUGCAGCUAUGCCGGGUGUACAAAAGGCCUCUUCACAACACAGCAGGACGAAGAGGUUUUGCUUGCUGAGUUACUGGCACACCACCCGGUGCUGCAGAAGCGUCUUGCCGAGAACCCGGGGCAGUGGAGUCCUCUACCAGAUGCUGCGCCACCGGCGGCCACGGACCCCGAGAGUGCCGCCGGUACGGCCAGGGAAAGGAGGCAGAGCAGUCUGCCGCGUACAUUUUCUCACGUUCUAGUCAAUGAUGAUUAUUUCAUCCUGGCAGGUAUGAACGGCCCUUACAUCAUUAUAGCGGUUCUGGGCGGGUUUGCUGGUGUGUUCCCAUCGUCACUGACCGCGAGAACUCCCUCAAGAGGUGAGGGGAGCGGCAGAAAGCGGACUGGCAGUGCUACCCCAGCUACGACUGCUGAGGGGACGGGCCUCUCUGACGUCAUAGAGGCCAUCGCACGCGCCACUGUCAGUGUGCCACUCGUCAAACUCGGAAACGAGUCCUCGGAGCUCGCGUCUCGCACACCGGGCACAUCCUUCGCUGUCCACCGCGGCUACUACCGCGUGGUGUACACGCGGGAGGGGCAAGAGCUGGAGCUCUGCGUGCCGUCGGAAUGGUCGGUGUGGAGCGAGUACGUGACCUCGUCUCUCACAACGCCCAUCGAUGCUUCGUCCCUAGAUGGAAAGACUGUCUCCACGGAGGAAGAGAAUGCCGAGCCGAAAGAGGCUACUUUGACCCUCUCCUUUACACCGUCCUCCUUCAUGUCGGAGAGUCACGUGGAGAUAUGUGUCUCUGCGGAACUGUUUUCUGCUCUUCUCGAGAACCCGCAAGCUGCUGCGGCGACGCUGUGGGCGGCCUCCGCUGCCACCGACGUCUCCAACCCCGUUGCCAAGGCGACGCUCGGGGUAUUGACAGGGCGACCAUUGCCGGCGUCGUCGCACGGGCGCACAAACGUGGUGACAACGGUGUACGUGCAGCCCAAGUUUGGUGUUCUCUUUUCAGUUCACCCACGCUCAGCCGUUGUCUAUGAGCCGUGGCUCACAGACCUGCCAACAAUCCUAUACUAUCCUCUGGGCGAUGCGGUGGAGGACGAGAUGCCACCGCGGAUGACGAUCGAGUACGUUGUGGAGAUGCCCAAAACCUGGGAGGUUCUCACCAGCGAUGACAAAGAGUUUCUACACAACGUUCUCUCCCACUUCACCAAUGGGGAUGUGGCGGCAGGCUCAGCGACGCUGACGGAGAUCAGCGGCAUUGGCUGCGCCAUGUUUCACGAGACGCGCGAGGGCUGCCGUUGCCGUACGUACGUGCUGCCCCGCGGGGCGACGGUGUUGGUUAUUCGGUGGAUGACCUCUGUGGACAGCUGGGACCGAGACUUGCCAGUGUUCCAGCAGACACUCGAUACCCUGCAUGUGGAUGCCGCACCCAUUAGCGAGUAG